GGCCAUGCAAGUGAGACAGAGAAUGCCUCUCUUUCUCCCCGGGAAGAUUAUCCAUAUCACCAGGGACUCCCCCACAGAAGGGUGUUGCGGUGUUUGUAGACGUCGACCCAUCAGAGCCCUCUGGACAGCUCAGUCAGAGUUCUCAGAGCUGGUCAUGGAGAAGAACAUGAUCAGAGACCACGACAUGUACUACGUCCAAAAGAUGCUUCUCAAACUGCAGAAACAAGAGAAACUCCACAGGAAAUAGAACCUAUUGACUAUUAUGGAGCUAUAUAUGAACGAUGUACUGUAUUCACCAUUUGCUUUACUUAUGCAGUUGCUUCUUCCAUAUCAUUGUGCCAGGUUA